AUGAUACCUAGCAAAAGGAUAUUGACAGAUAAGGAUGUUAAGAUAUGGGAGGAGUCUGAAACCAGAGAGGAUAUACUAAGUUUUAUUGAGUCUUUGGCUAAGGCGGUGGAAGGCUUUGAAAACGAUCAAGUUAGUGAACCUGUAAGUGACAGUGUGCAGAGCACCAUAGCGGUGUUAACAGAGAUCGAUAAGCUAAUCAAGUUACACCCGGUAAUACAGGAUAAAAACACUUCCAGAUUUGGUAAGGUCGAGUUUCGGGAUUUCUACGAUGAUGUAUGUGAAAAGGCUGAUGACCUUUUGAGUUCUCAUUUCCCCGCGCUAACCUCUGAGCAAAUCGAGCAACUGUCAAUAUACUUACAGGAGUCUUGGGGAAACAAGAGAAGAAUAGACUAUGGAUCAGGCCAUGAACUCAACUUCAUUUGUUUCCUGUACGGCCUAACUCAUUAUAAAAUUUUUGAUCUUCAGCGUGAUGCCAGAAAUUUAGUUCUAGUGUUGUUUAUCGAGUAUCUGAAGAUAAUGAGGGAAAUCGAGACCUUAUAUUGGCUAGAGCCUGCUGGCUCACAUGGAGUCUGGGGUUUGGAUGAUUAUCAUUUCUUGCCUUUCCUCUUUGGGGCAUUUCAACUCGCACCUCAUAAACACUUGAAACCAAAAUCUAUUCACAACGAGGAGUUGGUAGAGAUGUUUGCAGAUAAGUAUCUAUAUUUUGGCUGCAUAGCUUUUAUCAAUUCCGUCAAGACAUCAACGUCUCUUAGAUGGCAUUCACCAAUGCUGGACGAUAUAAGUGGAGUAAAAAAGUGGUCAAAGGUUGCUGAGGGUAUGAUAAAGAUGUACAAGGCAGAGGUUCUAGGGAAACUUCCCAUCAUGCAACAUUUCUAUUUUAGUGAGUUCCUGGUAUGCCCAGAAGGUAUCUCCGAACCCCGUACUCAUAUCCACAACGGUGAUGAAGAUGAUGACCAGUGCUGCCAGGAUGGUGCAGCACAUAAUACCUGGGGUGAUUGCUGUGGUAUAAAGAUACCUAGUUUGUAUGCUGCAAAUGCUAUGGAAAAGCAGUCACACAAGCCAAUACCGUUUGACUAG